GCAGCAGCAGCAAGUGGAGACCCUUGGAUCACUGACGAACAUGAAAAUAAAAAGUGCUCCCCCGGUCCUGCCUGGCCUCUACAAGCGCCUCCAGAGUUCCCACCCUCCAUCAGCCGUGACGUCACAGGUCCCGCUCCGAGAGCAGCCGGUGCUUGCCCAUCGCCAGGGUCAAGUGUGCAGGGAAGACCGGGGAGAGACAAGGGACCUUCUGCACCACGACACCCAACACACCUUCAGCAUCCAUGUCACGCCUCCACACGAUUGGCCUGCUGUGAGCCAGCCGUCCAUGGAUGUUCUCAAGGUGCCAUCCCACCUGGAGAAUCCCACCAAGUACCACAUCCAGCAGGCUCAGAGGCAGCAGGUGAGGCAGUACCUGUCCACCACCCUGGGUGGUAAAGCCGGCAGCCAGUGCCCCAGCCAGCCCCCCGAGCACGGCAUGCCACCCGGUCCCGGCAGCAGCGCCCCCAACAGUCCCAUGGCCCUGCUCACCCUCAGCUCCAACUGUGAGAAAGAGAUGGAUGAUGUCAUUGAUGAUAUUAUUAGCUUGGAGUCAAGUUACAAUGACGAUGUUCUCGGACUUAUGGAACCGGGACUCCAAAUGAACAACCAGCUCCCUGUGUCUGGUAACCUUCUCGACGUGUAUGGCAACCAAGGACUUCCUCUCCCAAGCCUUGCCAUCAGCAACUCCUGCCCAACCACCAUUAAGAGGGAAUACACAGCUCCAGGCAUGAAGCAAGUACUGGACAAGCCUGGAUCCUGUGGCCAGUAUGAAAACUAUCAAAGGCCAGAGGGCUUUCCAGUAGAAGCAGAAGUUCGUGCUCUUGCAAAGGAAAGACAGAAGAAGGACAACCACAACUUAAUCGAACGAAGACGGCGAUUCAACAUUAACGAUCGCAUCAAGGAGCUGGGAACGCUGAUACCCAAGUCAAAUGAUCCAGACAUGCGCUGGAAUAAGGGCACCAUUCUGAAAGCAUCAGUGGACUAUAUCAGGAGGCUACAGAGGGACCAGCAGAGAGCCAAGGAGCUUGAGUGCAGGCAGAGGAAGCUGGAGCAUGCCAACCGCCAUCUGAUGCUCCGUAUACAGGAGUUGGAGAUCCAGGCCCGUGCUCAUGGUCUUACAGUGGUGUCAACCCCAUCUGUCUGCACAUCAGAUCUGAUGGCGCGAGCCAUCAAACAGGAGCCCGUUCUCGGCGACUGCCCCUCAGAUCUCUACCAGCAUAACUCGACUCCUGACAUGUCCCCUCCCACCACACUGGACCUGAACAACGGCACCAUCACCUUCGACCAGAUGCCUGUGGACAGCGGGGACCCGGGCCUAUAUGGAAACUCCAGGACCUGUCAAAUGAAGGAACUGGUAAGGGACAACAUCCUGGCGCCAAUUUCCCCAAGUGAUCCCCUGCUGUCCUCAAUGUCUCCAGAAGGUUCCAACAAUGUCAGCAGCCACCACAGUUCCUGCUCGAGUAUGGAGGAGAAGGAGCAAGGCUGUUAGCACUGUCCAAUGCCAGGGCCCAUACUGACACUUUCUAUCUCAAGCAUCCUGGUCGGGGAGAGUGACUCCAAAUUUUUUUCGUAUACGUUGCCCAUAUAAUGCCGUUCAAGCACUAUUUGUUAAUGUUAUUGUGACAUUUCAGUUCCUUGAUUGAGCACAAUAGUUUGUGUUUAAGGUGGACAGUUCAGAAUCUCUUGGCAAUCAUAUACAAAGUGAGCUGUCUUUACAGAAUGGUCAGAUCUGCACACUGUAAAACUUCAUUAAGAAAUUUAGUGGAAUCAACUUUUCUUUUCCAAUUAACUUAAAUAUACAAGUUUUGGUUUUUUUGAAGUUGAUUAAAUAUAAUAUAAUAUAUAUAUUUUUUAUUUUCAGACCACUUCUGAAAUCAUAAACAUGAGUUAUUUUAACUCUUUUGAUUUGAAAUGCUGACUUCAUUCAGCUCACACAAAUAAGUUAAAUAAGAAUGAAAGAAAAUUGAUCAGCAUAGUGGCUGACUUCCCAGCAUGCAUUGCCUGAGAGGUGAAACUCUCCAGAAACCCUUCUUUUUUUAUAUAUUUUGAGGAAACAUAUCAUGGAAACUUGUUGUGCGUCUUUAAUACAUUUCAAGAUUAAUCAUGGUUGAAAACAUGGUUGUUGUUUUUUUUACAAUAAAGAAAAAAAAUCUAACCAUGAUAACCAUGAGGUUAAUACUAAAUUCAGCCCAUCACACUUUUACAUAUCUGACCAAGCCACUGCUGGUAGAGUUGCUUGACAUGUAAUGUCCCUAUACUGAUCCUGCAACAGUUGACUCCAAAAAGGAGCUACUGCAGCUGCACUCAGCAGUGAAAUCUUCAAAAGUAGCAAGGUAUCAAAUGUAUUGUCAGUGUCACUGUCAGUCACUGAUUCAACUUAAUAUCUUAAAUUAUCUGAAGAUGUGUUUUCAAUUUCAGGUUACUUUAAAUUGUGUUUCAGAAAAAAAGAAAACUUAAAAGAUUUUAAACAUUAUUCAUGAAAUAUUCAACCUAAAUGAAGUUAACUCUUAUAUUUAAGGUGGCAGUUGAACUCAGACUUUUAAAUUGAAACAGCACAAAAUUAUUUACAGUGUAAUAGUUAGAUGUCAGACGUAAUGUAGGCGCUAACUACAACCAAAACUCAUUGCGUCAUAACAACGUUACGUGUUGAAUCGUGCAGAAACAAGAGACUGAGUCACCAUUCACAACGCACUGUACCAUCAACAUGAUUUUGAAGCCGUACUUUUAAGGUGAAAAAGUUACAUAAUGUUGCUUUAAAUAUUAAAGGAUCAAAUGUUGGAUAUUAUUGGAUAUUUGUAACGUUUUUAAAACAUAUUUAAAACCAUAUGAUUUUUUUUUCACCCUGUGUUUUGAAUGUAUUCUGAAGAAAUCAAGCAUUGGCCAGAUGAGAAGUACUGUCAUUAUGAAUUUUAGUUAAUAUGUUAUUAUUAUUGUUUAUUUAUUUUGUUUUUUCUUUGUCCACCGAGAUCUUAAUUUCUUCUGAGAUUUAUACCGUACCAGUAGUUCAGAGAGAGGUUUCGGAUUUGGAUGGAUGGAUGGAUGGAUGGAUAAAGUCAGACGUCACAGCUUUAACUUAAUUAGUACUUUACCGAUAUAAGGUAAUUGUAUCCCAUAUUGUCACCGCUACUUGUGAUGUGUACUACAGUGUUUUAUAAAAAGUGGGUCAGGUACACACAAUCAACUGAUGGCAAGAGCACUGCAUAUAUUAUACCUGGUCUUGUGGCCAAAACGUAUUAGAUUACUUUUGCCCAAAAAGUAUCAAUUGCUUCGUAGGCAUUGAUCAACCAUAAAUUUUAUCUUUAUCUGACUAGUACGCUGGGGGGGAAUCGUCUCUUUUUUAUGUCUGUGUAGAACAUACAUUUUUGUUAA